AUUAUAAUAGCACAAUCAUUUAUUUUAUUAACUAAUAUAGUCACCUACUUUAUUAAGCCCUAAAACAAUUUCCGCCCUCCGAAACUGCUCAGAAUAGGCGGCUAGAAAAUGGUGCGACAAAUGCUCCAGAAACUUCCAAGUACGUUUAUCCAUUUCGAUUUGUAUUUUUAUCCUGGUUUGCAUUUUAAAAUAUAAAUGUUAGUAAAUGUUGAUACGAUGACAAACAGGAAGCCAUGCUCGUCUGUCCAGCGAUACGGUAACCGCAAUAAACAAGAUUUUUAAAACGUUUGGAUUAAGGAAAUACAUUUUAACAACACGAAAGCGGAGACUAAAAACUGGGAAACAGGAAACCGCGUGCGCCGCCCGGCGAUACCGCGCCGCACAAAUAGGCGCCGGUCCUUCCCGGUGACGUCAGAAUCGAAGCCCUCUGUUCCGAAGGGUCUCGAGCUCGACCUGCUGUGGAACGCUCUAGUGACGCCCGCUCGCGUGGCACCGCUGAUUCGUCUGCUUACUCUGAGUGAGUGAACGUCCCAUUUUUUUAAAUACGGAUUGUAUUUAUAUCUUAACUAAAAUAUUUUAAGACAUUUUACGGGCAUUAAACAUAAAGGUUUCCAAGGAAGAUCGGGAAAACCGUGCCGAUUACAUUCGACUUGCCUGUUAUCACAUAAUGUGAUUUAAGCUGCACAAACAGCCAAAUGGGCAAAAUCAUAUCAGUGUAAUAUAAUCGAUGUAAUAUACUGUUUUUUGUAAUUAGGUGACGUUUAUGGAAAAUUAGAGUUUUACAUGUAACUUGAACCCGUGUAACUCAUUCUAAACAUUUGUAUAUCGUAGCUAAGUUAAAGACUAAAGUUAAUCGUGCAGGUUUUUCAUGUUUUAACGUGUUUAACUAGCGCCAUUUCGAUUGUUUAAGAUUUAGUACAAAGACGAAGAUGUUUUUGGAAAGUUAGCUAAAUGAAAUGGAACUUAUGUACCACUAUGGCCUUUCAGACGAUAGCUGUUUUAGUCUGGUGUAAAUCGUCCAUAACAAAUUCUCAGAAAAAAACAUACUUGACACCUUACCUCCUAAAAUAGCAAUAAAAUCGUUUACAUCAUUAUUUCGGAUCAUUUUAUUUGCGGUUUUAUCGAACUGUUAAAGCUUAAAUUUUUUUGUAUCUUCAGCCUUAUUCGAAUACUGUUGGUUUGAAUUACUGCUGCCUGUUAUAAUAUAUUAUUCCUUUUCCCAGUUGAAAUGAACUUGUUCAGUACUAAAAUGGUGGCAGUUAUCUCUGUUGAUCUUUCAAAAUGUCAAAACUAAGACCGUGGCUAUGUGUAAGCUCACGUCCAGUGUUGUAAUUUUUUUGCGAAGAUUUGAAUAUUGAGAUUUGAAUCUAACCUACAUGCAUUAUAGUAUCUCUAGGUUCAGGGUUGCCAAGUUUCACACAUCUAUCAUGACACUGACGCUUUCAGUUUCACGCGCAGGAAAUGUAAGGACGAAUCCAUAUUAAUCCAUUAUAAACCAAAACUUGGCUACAUCAAAAGGGCUGGGGCAGUUUCCAAACCCUACAGACUAUUCGCAAGGUAAUUAAAGAGGUACAUAUAGGAAAAUGUGUGUGUGGCCUUGUCUCAAAUUAAAAAUCUCACAACAAAGUUGACAACAUUGGGCAAUAUUGUAAAUAAUUACAUAACGCCCAGUUGAGAUUCAUCAUUAAUAUGGCAGAGAUGCCAGUGCAUAUAAUUGUCAUGAACACAAAACGAGCCUAAAAGUUCAUGGCUUUUUUGUGUCCCUUCGAGUUUGCUUUACAACCCUGCGAGUAUCUAUUUCCAGAACAAAAAUUAAAUCUGGCACCGUUGAAAUGCUGUUCAGCAGUGUUUCUUGGAACCUGAUUAUUCACACAAGUUCAGCCCUGAAAUUUGGCUGCUUUUCUCAGGCCGGUGAUCACAGUAUGAAUGGGAACCAUUGGUACCUGGAAAAUUAUAACCACUGUAUCUGUUCUUAUCAGUCUGGUUUAAUUGUUAUCAGUUAAAGAGUUGUUCACAUUGUAAAUUGUUUAAGAAUGAGCAAUUAAUCACACUUGCCUGUUUUAUGGCCCAGUUCUGGGUCGAUACAAAGGCAUUGUUCCAAUCUGACUCAAAAAGUUAAGUGGUACUUUUACAGUUCUCUUCAGGACCUACUUGAAUGGCUUACUUGGUUCAUAUUUCAGUGUAGUUCCUCUCACUAUUUUUUGUUUUUAAUUGUUAGUUUAAUUUUGGCUGCCCAGUUGAGAAACUGCCACUGGAUUGUGUCUCCUGCUUCUUUUGAAACCUGAACUAUUUCUACCGGAUGAAGAGAUGAUGAGUACAGAAACAACACUAAAGUUAUGUGUUUGUGCCAAAGGGGGACCUUAGCUGGAUGUCUCCAUGCUGCUGUUCAGGCAGUGUCGGGGUCUAGCACGGGUCGGCCUGCUCCAGACACACAGGCCUCCUCCUCCUAAGCAGCUGGUACCUCCCCUGUCUGUGUGGGCGGGUGGCCUGUGCGCUCGGGGGGGCAGUGGCGGAAGGCAUGACUCUGGUGCUCGUGACCAUGGCCACCCUCCUGACUGGAGGCACCUUUUCGCCGCGGUCUUGGCUGGGGGUGGAGCUGUUUUGGUCCACGGUCUGCUUGGAAGUCAGGCCCAACAGGCAGCUACUGAUGUCCAGCCUCCUGGGAAAAAUCUACCUCUGCCCAUCUACACACAGGAGGAGGUGGCCAAGCAUCAUUCCUCUGCUAAGGGGGUGUGGGUGACCUAUAAGGGGGGGGUGUAUGACAUCACCGAAUUUGUGUCCUUACACCCGGGGGGUGACAAGAUCCUGUUGGCGGCGGGAGGCGCACUGGAGCCCUUCUGGGCGUUGUACGCCGUCCACAACCAGGAGCACGUGCUGGAGAUACUGUCCCAGUACAAGGUGGGAGAGCUGAGGGAGGAAGACCGCAUGCUAGACAGCAGCUCCUUGGACCCCUAUGCCAAGGACCCUCCCAGGCACCCAGUGCUCAGCGUCAACAGCCAAAAACCAUUCAACGCUGAGCCUCCGACCGAAAUCCUGACAGAUAACUUCAUCACACCAUCUGCCUUCUUCUUCAAGAGGAACCACCUGCCUGUACCACAGGUAGACCCCAGCGUCUACCGACUGGAGAUUCAGGGGCUUCCGGGUGGUACCGUGUCGCUUUCACUGGAGGAUCUGAAGUCCCUCUUCCCGAAGCACAUUGUGACGGCCACCCUGCAGUGCGCGGGAAACCGGCGCUCGGAAAUGAACCAGGUCAAGCAGGUCAAGGGGCUUAACUGGGGGAUCGCGGCCAUCAGUAAUGCGACUUGGGCUGGCCCUAGGCUCAGGGAUGUGCUGCUGUACGCCGGCUACAAGUCCGGAGGGAAGGCCCAGCACGUGCAUUUCGAAGGGUUGGACAAGGAUGUCACGGGAACCACCUACGGGGCAUCGAUACCUCUGGGCAAGGCAUUGAGUGAAGAGGGAGACGUGAUCCUGGCCUACGAGAUGAAUGGGGAAGAACUCCCAGCCGAUCACGGCUUUCCCGUGCGGGUGGUGGUGCCAGGCGUUGUAGGGGCCCGCAACGUCAAGUGGCUGGGGAAGAUCGUGUUGAGCGAGGUGGAAAGCAGCAGCCACUGGCAGCAGAAUGACUACAAGGGCUUCUCCCCCGGUACAGACUGGGACACAGUCGACUUCAAGUCAGCCCCUGCGAUCCAGGAGCUGCCGGUGCAGUCGGCCAUCACCUGGCCAGCGGAGGGCGCCGUGCUAGACCACAGCCUGGGGGAAGUUACUGUGAAGGGUUAUGCCUGGAGCGGGGGUGGAAGGGAGAUAGUCCGGGUGGACGUGUCCCUAGACGGCGGAAAGACCUGGCAGGUAGCUAAGCUGCAAGGCAGGGAGGGGGAAGCUUCGGACCUGUCGCCACAACCUGGCCGGGCCUGGGCAUGGAAGCUGUGGGAGCUGAGUGCCCCUCUGCCCACCGGCACUCAGGAGCUGGAGAUUAUAUGCAAGGCAGUGGAUAGCAGCUACAACGUGCAGCCGGACUCCGUGGCACCAAUAUGGAACCUGCGUGGAGUUCUGAGUAAUGCUUGGCAUCGGGUGAAGGUGAAGAUCAGCGAGCACUAGAGCUGUUGGCAGCAAACCAGAAUGUUUAAGGUCCUCGGGGAGCAGGUCUGUGAUUCCGUCCAUAUACAAUCAAAAUGCCAGUCGCAUAGAAGCAGAAAGAAUGUGUUGGAUUGUGGGUAAUUGCUGGGAAAACCACCAUUUCUGCUUAAAGGUAAUUAACACUAAGUUCUCAAUAUUCUUCAUUCCACUGCAUAUGUAUUGCUUGUUCUGAGUUAAUAGCCAUCCAGAAAUGUAUGUUAUAGACUGAUUCAGAUGGUUAUGCUGCUUGCCCAUCUACUUGGUGCCUCUCAAAGACGUUUUGUCUCUUGAUACAGCUUAGGGAUUGGGAAUCCGGUUCACGUUGAUACAAUACUGAUUCUGCACUUUAAAAUGUUUAUGUGUAGUAGUUUCUCAGUAUAACAACACACAAAAUAAGCAGUGCAUUAAAAUGAAGAGUACAGAUGUCUUUUGGAAUGUCUGAUGCGGGGAGUCGCAUAUAAGCCUUAUUCCACUUUGAACACUGAUGCUCUGCUCAGUCUGUGACUCCUUCAUGCUCCGGACGAAUCAAUCUGUUACAUCAGUGUUUUUCAUGUCCUCUGGGAGCCCCGAGGAGCUACAGUCCACAUUUCAAGUCAAGUCAAAAUGUUUAUUGUCAGUUCUGCCAUAUGUACAGGACAUAAGGAUUGAAAUGACGUUACUCUCAGACCCCACGGUGACUGUAAGACAAGCAAGACAUAUACAAGUAUUCAAGUAUAUUCAUGUAUGCAAAAAUAAAAUUAAACUAAAUUUUGCUUCCUGCCAGCACACCUGUACUAUGCAUUCCAUGUUCUUGAUUGGCUGGGAGCCAGUAGGGAGCGAAAGUGUGGAUUUUCUGGGAGUCCUCAAUGACUUGUGUUUUCAAAAUCUGUUCCGUUUACCUGCUACUGAUCCUGCAUGAAGGUUGCUUUCGAAUCGUGGUUUUUGCAAGCCUUUUUUAGGAAGGUUGACGACUGAUAUUAUGAAGUAUAUUUCUAGAAAUGUUUACAGCAUAGAAUAAUAAGAUCACUAUUAAUAUAUUUAGUUAACUAAGUUCUUGGGAGUAUUUGUAUUACUUGAUAUUGAAAUGAUUUUCUGUUAUUUUCUUUGGUGCGAAGCUUCAAUUAAAUGAAUAAAGAAUCGUCACACAAAUAAUGUUUUUUGUUAAUUGUUAGAGAGUGGAACUGCAGAUUUGAUGAGCACUUAAAGUUUUAAUUUGUAGUAAUAAAAUGUAAAAUGAA